CCCACCACCACCACCACCACUCCUGAUUCUGACAAUGAUACCCCACCUCGUUCCCAACCCAUUAGGCAAUUCCCUUUCACCAACGGCACUUCGGCGGCCACGGGCCACCACCACCACCACCACCCUCAUCACCCCCACCACCACCUCCAUCAUCACCACCAACCACCGCCUUAUGCGGCGCCGUCGGUGACUUUCCGAGAAUGUCACAAGAACCAUGCUGCCAAGUUGGGAGUUCAUGCUCUUGACGGCUGCGGCGAAUUCAUGGCCUCCGCCGCCGCCACUCCCGACGACCCCGCCUCACUAACUUGCGCCGCCUGUGGCUGCCACCGCAAUUUCCACCGCCAGGAGCCCGACGAUCAUGCAGCAUCUCGUCAUUUCAUGCCGUCUGUGACCCCACAUUUCAUCGACUUCCGCAAGUCCGGAAGGCCUUAUCUAUCUCCUUCUCCCCCGCCGCCGCAGCCACCGCCGCCGCCUCCUCCGCCGCCGCAGCAUUCGACUGUUCUGAGCUACCCACCAGCUUCCCAGAUGCUACUCGCCCUCAGCACGGCGGCGCAGGACGACCAGCAGGUUCCGAACCACCACCAGUUCACCGUCGCAACGCCGGUGACGCCGAGUAGCACCAAAUCUGGGGAGCACAGUCUGAGCGGCCGGAAGCGGUUCAGGACAAAAUUCACCCCACAACAGAAGGAGAGAAUGCAUUCCUUCGCUGAAAGCUUAGGAUGGAAAAUGCAAAGAAGCAAUCAAAGCUUAGUGGAGAAUUUCUGCAAGGAGAUUGGGGUGACCAGAGGGGUUCUAAAGGUUUGGAUGCAUAACAAUAAGAACACUUUCGGCAGCAAGAAAGAAACUAGUACUAGUAGCAAUCCCCACCGCAACGCCGCCGCUGCCACCAACAACGACCACAAUGCCGGAAAUAAUGGCGGUAUCAGCCCACAUGGGUACAACAUGAACAGCAGCCUAAAUGAUGAUGGCGACGAAGAUAACACCAAUGAGAGCGGGGAUCAUAACAUGGACAAUGGCAUUGGAUCAUCUCCUUCUUCUUGAAGUUUUUAGGAAAUG